CAACUUAUGUGACACACAUUUCUUUUUCUUUUUCUACUACCACAAUGUUCGCUCCACUUCUUGUUGUUUACACACUCCCAUGCUCUGGCUCGGUUCCUCGCGAUGAUGUCCGCCAGAGACUCUUCGCCUCAUCUCCCACGGCGGGGGAAACAUGCGCGGCGCAACGAGCUUUUUCGUGAGAGAGAAGCGCACCAGUAUGACCAUGCUCACCAAACAUUGUUCGGAGCACUCAUCUGACCUUGUGAAUUGCUAUAGGUACCUACCACCCCAUAUUGACUCGUCCGAAAAAGCUUCAUCAUCAGAUAUCCUAACCAAUCUUGCUCAGCUGACUGCACUGCAAGUGGGUGCCGAUCGUGUCGUUAUCUCUCUAUGCGACCGCAAGGCCCAGUAUGUCUUGGCCGAGACGCCAUCAAUCACUCGCAACAAGCGCGAAUGGCAUCGUGACAAAGCCGCGCCGUGUCAUCACGCUUUACAUGCAUUCAUCGAAGACAACAGAGAUUGGUUUUUGGUCACAGACCUUGCGCCGGAUCCGCGAUUUGAUGCCUACUGGUCAACACUCUCCCGGAAUCGCUCCUAUUUUGCAGUCCCGGUCCGCACUCCAGCUCGCGUCGUCAUUGGGAUUAUCGAGUUAUAUGGGAGCGCCAAAGGCAAUGAAGUAGAUGACAAACAGCUUCGGCUUCUCCAAGGUCGGGCGGGUACUGCGCUGGACCAUCUGGCUACAUUGCGGACAAUGCGUGAAGAGCAUCGAGGCGAGAGAAUGAUCAAGGCGUUAGGCGCCUUUAUGGGAGGGAAAUCGGAUAUCCAAGAAUGGUUGGCCUCCAGCCAUCCUGGGCGGCAACCUCCCGUCUUUGAAUCGUCUAGAUCACUUGACCCUGUGACUUCCAUCCAUUUUGCCAACAGUCAGAAGAUGUUAGAUAUACCUCCGUCCCAUAUUCCCCAAACCGAACUGGGCAUCCCAUUGCGCGGUCGUCCAAAUUCCUAUCGCUCCCGAUCGCCUCCACGCAGAGCACGGAGAGAGUCUCUGACUUCCGAAGACACAUAUUCAGUUCUUCACAGGGCAUCGACUUUGAUUCGACAGGCCCUGGAUGUGGAUGGCGUUGCAUUUUUGGAUAUCAGCGCGUUCAAUAAGGAGCGCCAUGGUCUCUCAUUCAAAGCGUCGAGCAAUUCACGGUCCCGAUCCCCGGAUAUAGUCGAGGACGAACAUUCGGCGGGCCAUGUGUUGGGGUGUUCUACAGUUCAGGGUGACAAUCAGAAUAUAAACGUUUCGAUAUCACUUUUGGGAACUUUGGUCCAACGGUAUGGAAGAGGUGGUAUCUUUCAUCUUGAUGACACGCUUUCGCCGUUGAGCGACGAGUAUUCGUCGGACAUCGACGGGUCCUGCUCGUCGCUAGAAGAUAUGGCGUCGAGUUACUAUGGCAUUGACAUGCGUCAGAUCGCUCAAACGUUCUCCGAGGCGACCAGUAUUGCAUUUUUUCCUCUUUGGGAUUUUCAGCAAAAUAAGUGGUUUGCGGGUUGUUUUGCCUGGACAAAAGACCCUGGGCGUCUCUUCGCUGAGUCCACAGAUCUAACGUAUCUUGCAGCGUUCAAUAACAGCGUCAUGGCAGAAGUUUCCCGUCUCGAUCUGCGAGCUGCGGAUCGCGAGAAGGCUGAUUUUAUCUCGUCAGUGUCACAUGAGUGGCGAUCUCCCCUACAUGGAAUACUCACUAUGCUUGAUCUUCUUCAAGAGACCAAGUUGUCGAAUGUCCAGCAGUCCUUGAUUGACAUAACCAUGAACUGUGGCAAAACUCUCCUUGAUACGGUCAAUCAUGUAUUAGAUUAUGCCAAAAUAAAUAGUCUUCUUGGAUCAACGACGCUCGAUCGGUCGCUAGAUAAUGCCGAAACACCUCAAGCAUCCCAGUUUAAUGCUCCUGCUCUGAUCGAUCAGGUGAAUAUGGCUACCUUGGUCGAAGAGGUGGCUGGAGCGCUUCUCGCCAGUCAAGAUUAUAUGGGACGUAAUGCGGAGGCCCUUUUCUCUCCCACAAAACAAACGGCCAACCGGCCGUUUCGCGAGUCAAAAAUCCCCAAUUCCGUUCCUAGGGCAAUUUUUGCCAUCGUGGAUAUUGAAUGUCGAGAAGGCUGGGAAUGCCGUGCCUCUGCUGGUGCCUGGCGGCGGAUUGUACUGAAUCUCCUUGGCAACGCCCUCAAGUUCACGCCAUCAGGGUUUGUUCAGGUAAAGCUUCGACAUGACACGGUGAAGGUUGGACACGAGAGCCUGCCGGCUAUUCUCCUCCAAAUAAGCGAUUCGGGACGGGGAAUCUCACCCGACUUUUCCUUCUCAAACCUCUACACGCCAUUUCAACAGGAAGAUUCUCUCUCGCCAGGCAUUGGUGUUGGACUCAAUGUAGUCUAUCGUAUCGUACAUUCGAUGGGUGGACUGAUAGACCUAACGAGCGAGCCUAAUCGAGGAACGGUGGUCAGCGUCCUUCUACCUAUAACCCCAACCUCGCGACCGUUAUCACCCUCCAUUCCGUAUCAGGAACUACGCGAGAAAUUGCGAGGGAAAACAAUCUCCCUAUUCCCCAAUAGCUCAAAAUAUGGGGACCUGAAGAUAGCCCCGGAGAUCUUUAGUACAAUGUUGCUCAGCAUGGAAAGGAUGAUCACCCAAUGGUUUGGGGUGCGUGUUCUUACACCUAGGGAACGGGACCACGAACAUCCGGACAUUUUCAUAAUUACUGAGCAUGAAUACCGCCAUGGCGAAGCUAAAGAAAGCGCAGCCACUUAUUCUAGGAAGUCGAAAGCCCGGAAAAAUCCAAAAACGUCGUUUCCCAAGAUUGUGCUCUGCACGCAUGCCCAUAGUUGGUUCAAUGAGCGCCGGGACCCCCAGGAGCCAGUGGUGUUUCUUCAGCAACCGAUUUCCCCUAAGACUUUAGCUUCUGCUUUCACCAGCUGUAUUGAACAAAGGAUUCAGUUGCGUGAUGCAGGUGUUGACACAGUGCAUGAAGCAAACACAGUUACCCUUGAAGAAAUGUGCCAGCGCCAGCUGCAAAUUACCACGUCUAUAUCACGAGAAGAUGAAAAGCAAGAUCAGGAGGAGUCGGAUGAAAAAAACUUGUUUGUCGAUAAACGAGAACCCACAAAUAGCCAGGGCUCUAUAUCACCCAAUGAGAAGGACCCAACGAGUCAAUGCAAGGUUCUGCUCGUCGAAGACAAUGACUUGAACCUCAAGGUAUGAACACCAUAAUACCCUGUGCACUACCUUGUUGACCGUCAGGCCAGAUUCUACAAACUACUAUGAAAAAAGCCGGGUUUGCUUAUGAAAGUGCUGUAAACGGGCUU